UCUUGGUGCUCUCUAAUUGGUGCGCGCGCUCUUGGGUAAAGGUGGAUCUGGGCUCGUCGGUGCGCGGCUCAGAACAAACUUGUGCUCAUGAAACUUUGACAAACCUCGUUAAAUGUCUGUCACAUAGCUAGAAAAUAUUUAAAGUAUAUGCUGCUCACGAACUCUGUCUCCAAUGUCUGACGAGGGAGAGGAAGGCGACAGCGGCGAGAAGGGGCAUCUCUCUGAGUCUCCCUCUCCACCUCCGUCCGUCUGUCUUUCCCGAGAAUCUCCAUCCUCUCCGCGGAUCCUAAACCUCUUCUCCUCUGCCUCACCGCUGCUGGGGGACACAGAUCCGUCUUACCACGCCUCUCCGGAGUGUCUUCACCCGUCUCCAGAGAACCAGGUACCCCGGGGCUCCCCACACCUCACACCGCCAAAGUUCCUCGAGGGCACCGGUGACACUGGUUCUCCGUUUCUUUCGCGGCAGGAUGUGGGAAUAGAAGCCUUGUACGACCGCAGUGAUGUGCCGUUUCCCAAGUGGAGAGGACGAGGCGCGGCGAACGCUGAGCGCCUUCAGUACCGCGGACAGAAGCCGCACCGGGAUGCGGAGCAGCCGGACCAGGGGAACCACUACUCUGAGCACAUCGACACAGAGACCAACUCUGAAAGCAGGCCAACGGUGGAAGCCAUGCAUCGCAGACACACCACACUAAGAGAGAAGGGGCGUCGGCAGGCAGUGCGGGGCCCGGCAUAUAUGUUCAAUGAACGCGGCUCGCCCCUUACAGCAGAAGAGGAACGUUUUAUGGAUGCUGCUGAAUACGGAAACAUUCCUGUGGUCCGCAAAAUGUUGGAAGAAUCCAAAACCCUUAACUUCAAUUGUGUGGACUACAUGGGCCAGAAUGCUUUGCAGCUGGCAGUGGGUAAUGAGCACUUGGAAGUCACUGAGCUGCUUCUAAAGAAGGAGGGCUUGGCUAGGAUCGGGGAUGGUCUGCUUUUGGCUAUCUCUAAGGGUUACGUGCGAAUCGUUGAAGCAAUUCUCGCCCACCCUGCUUUUGGUGGAGGUCUGCGGCUGGCUUUGAGCCCUCUGGAACAAGAGAUGCGUGAUGAUGACUUUUAUGCCUAUGAUGAGGAUGGAACACGCUUUUCACAUGAUGUCACACCCGUCAUCCUGGCUGCUCACUGCCAGGAGUACGAGAUCGUCCACAUCCUCUUGUCAAAGGGGGCCCGCAUUGAAAGGCCACAUGACUACUUCUGUAAGUGUUUAGAAUGUAUAGAGAAACAGAAGCAAGACUCGUUCAGUCACUCACGCUCCAGGAUGAAUGCAUAUAAGGGCCUGGCCAGUGCAGCUUACCUGUCUCUCAGCAGUGAAGACCCUGUCCUGACCGCCCUCGAGCUUAGCAAUGAACUGGCAAGACUGGCCAACAUUGAGACAGAGUUUAAGAAUGACUACCGCAAGCUGUCCAUGCAGUGUAAGGACUUUGUUGUGGGUGUGUUGGACCUUUGUCGGAACACAGAGGAAGUGGAGGCCAUACUGAAUGGUGACGUGGACCAGUGCCCUCCAAGCGCUUACAACCGACCCUGCCUCAGCCGUGUCAAACUAGCCAUCAAGUACGAAGUGAAGAAGUUUGUUGCCCAUCCCAACUGUCAGCAGCAGCUGCUGACUAUCUGGUACGAGAACCUGCCCGGUCUGAGGCAGCAGUCAGUCGGGGUGAAGUGCUGGACAGUGCUGGGGGUCACCGUAGGUCUGCCCUUCCUGGCUAUCGCCUACUGGAUAAUGCCAUGUAGCAAGAUUGGACAGAUCCUGCGAAGCCCUUUCAUGAAGUUCGUAGCCCAUGCUGUUUCCUUCACCGUCUUCUUGGGUCUGCUAGUCAUCAAUGCAUCUGACCGUUUUGAAGGUGUCAAGAACCUGCCCAAUGAGACCAUCACAGACCAUCCACGACAGGUGUUCAGGGUCAAAACCACCCAGUUUUCCUGGACAGAGAUGUUGAUCAUGAAGUGGGUGUUGGGUAUGAUUUGGUCAGAAUGUAAGGAGAUCUGGAGUGAUGGGCCCAGAGAGUACAUCAUGCAUCUGUGGAACGUUCUGGACUUUGGCAUGUUGUCCAUCUUUGUGGCGUCCUUCACAGCACGCUUCAUGGCAUUCCUCAAGGCGUCCAAAGCCCAGCAGUAUGUGGACAUGCACGUACCAGACGAAGACCUCAGCAACGCCUCGCUGCCUGACGAAGUCGCCUACUUUACUUACGCAAGGAACAAGUGGCGCCCCUCAGACCCCCAGAUUAUCUCAGAAGGCCUGUAUGCCAUCGCUGUGGUGCUGAGUUUCUCACGCAUUGCCUACAUCCUGCCAGCAAACGAGAGCUUCGGCCCACUGCAGAUCUCACUGGGGCGCACAGUCAAAGACAUCUUCAAGUUCAUGGUCAUCUUCAUCAUGGUGUUUGUGGCAUUCAUGAUUGGCAUGUUCAACCUGUACUCAUACUACCUGGGAGCCAAGUACAAUCCUGCCUUCACCACGGUGGAGGAGAGUUUUAAGACUCUUUUCUGGUCGAUUUUUGGGCUGUCUGAAGUGAUCUCAGUGGUGCUAAAGUACGACCAUAAGUUCAUAGAGAACAUUGGCUACGUGCUGUACGGUGUCUAUAAUGUCACAAUGGUGGUCGUCCUUCUCAACAUGCUCAUUGCCAUGAUCAACAGCUCGUACCAGGAGAUAGAGGAAGAUGCCGAUGUAGAGUGGAAGUUUGCCCGGGCAAAGUUAUGGCUGUCAUACUUUGAUGAGGGCCGCACCUUGCCGGCCCCCUUCAACCUGGUUCCCAGCCCAAAGUCCUUCUACUACCUGGUCCUCCGGAUCAAGUCCUGCCUGAUACACCUCUGCAAGGCUAACAGCCGUCGCCAUAACAACGAGCUCGAGUUGGGAAUGCUCAACUCACAGGCCAAGGAUGAGCGCUUCAGGUCUUAUCCACGGCCAGGAGAAGAGUUCAUCCCAAGAAAAUCUAGAAAACACCCAACCAGAUACCAGAAUAUCAUGAAGCGCCUGAUUAAGCGCUAUGUCCUGAAGGCUCAAGUGGACAGAGAGAGCGAUGAAGUCAAUGAAGGUGAGCUGAAGGAGAUCAAGCAAGACAUUUCCAGCCUCCGUUAUGAGCUCCUGGAGGAGAAGUCGCAGGCCGCCGGGGAGCUGGCUCUGCUCAUCCAACAACUUGGCGACAAGUUUGGCAAGAACACUAUGAGACACUGACAGGACUCGCAAGAAGGAGAAAAAAGGGACGGAAGGAGGAAGAUGUGAAUGACGUUGACAGCUGUAGGAGGUGGGGGCAAAAAGCAGGGUCAGGGUAGGUAUUUUUAAGAGUUUGAUAGUGGGACAGGGGGGGAAAGAGAGAGGGGAAGCAGGAUGUUUGUGAAAUAGACGGUGAAGAUUGAAGAUUGAGAGAAACAUACUGGGCUUAGAGUGGAGAUUCAAUGCAAGUGUUUUCUAUAUGCACUGACCAAUUAGAAGGGAAUGUAAAAAGAAAAUAGCAACGACUGCAAGUGAGCAUGAGGUCAAAUGGUCAGAGGUGAAGUUAACUCAGUUGGAGGGGGGUUUGUGUUGACAGUUGAAUUCUAAUUAAAGGCAAUGUCUUCAGGGAGUGAGAGAGGAGAAGGAAGACAGAGGCUCACAGGCUCGGGGGGGAGGGGCGAAAAGGAAACAAAUAAGGAGGAGAACAUAAGCACCAUGAGAUAUGAAGAGGCACCACAGGGCAGAGCAGCGAUGAAAGCCCCCACAUCCGCUGCCAAGAGAUAUCAGUGCAUCACCCACUUGGAGUGGAGAGAGAGGGAAACCCAGAGAAGUGAUGACACAGAGGGUGGGCUGGAGAGUGGGGGGUGGGGGGGGGCAAGAAAGAAAGAUAUCUGAAAAUAAAACUGCCACUGUUAUUCACACCAGUAAGGCUUGCUUUGCUUCUGCGUCUUCACUUUGUCAGGACAAGUAUAGUGAUGCUUGCCGAGAACUGUACUGUACACCCCUUUAUACACCAGGCUAUCUAAUUAAAACAUUUCCAUCCACAGUGCACAACUUGUGAUCAGGAGUCAGAUGAUUCAGGAAAAGUGGGGGAAAAAAAUCAUUAAAGUAAACAUGUAAUGUAAAAACAUUAAUCUCUCAUUGUAAUGUCAGUCACAUACCUUCAUAUGUCAACAUAACACACAAUCUGUUGCAUGGACAUACAGUUGCAGCUCUAUGUAGACUCUCCAAGAGAUCCUGUGUUAGUAGAAAUUGACUUUGGCUUUGUUCAGGCUACAGGCAAAUGACAUUUGUUUCUCAAAUCAGAUCUUUGAGACUGUCCAUUCACAAUGUUACAUGGAAGUGACCAGAUCAGAUUUAUGUAUCCAGACAUCACCAAACUUUCUUUCUGGGUUGCUGUGGUAAUGACAUAGGCAUAAGUAACUACAUAUGCUCGCAAAAGAAAUUUCGAAAUCUAUGUAUCUAUGUAAUAAGCAAACAUGCUGCCAGAGAAGUAUGGCUAAUCCAUGGAUAGCAGAUACAGAUAUGAUAAACAAAAACAAACAUAACAAGUAUAUGUCUGUAUGUUUAUGCAUAUUUAACUAUCUCCUUUCCAUUGUGCCUUUGCAGCCCAAAGUGUUUCCAUGUGUCCAUGUUUUCUAUAAAUAGUAACCAAAAAGCGACAUAUCCUCUAUAUCAUCUCUUGUGUUUGAUUGCUUCAGGACAUCCAAAACCAGAUUGUAAGCUGUUGGACUUUUGGAGCAGUGCAAUCAUUUGGCUAUAAAACACUGGGAUUCUGCUGCAGAAGCUGUGUGGAGUAAUUUUAUGGUCUUGUUUUUUCUUUGAGAGACUUUGACAUACCGCUGUGCGAGCUAACUGGUUGUGUUAGACUUCAUCAGUGAUUCGACUGAGGAUGAGUAGAUAGCAGAAGAAUAGUUGAACUGUUGCUUUAACUAUAAUAACAGAGAAGAUGUGAUCUCAAUAAUAACAGUCUGCUAAUUCUGCCCAUUAAAAAUUUGAUCUUUUUUUUAUUAUAAGUAGAAAACUGUAUCUACAAUAAACAGUUUAUAGUUGUAGAUACAAAUAGGGUGCUGAAGUUUAUGUUGACCUGUGGGCUCAGCCACAGUAUCCGUCUUUCGUGUAACAGCAGCCUAUUUUGGGUUUUUGAUAACAAAAAAUAGUUGUAUUUAUAUUCUGUUCAAGUGUUAAAUCCUGAACACAGUUCGGAUUCUGCAAUUUGAGGACAUCAUUAUAUUACUAGUUAGAAUUCUUCAGUAAUUUCUAAAAUCUUCUUACUUGAUGACGAUACUUGCUCCUUGUUCCCCACUGCUCCUGGGAAACAGCAACAUUCAGUGUUCACAUCAACUGAUUUGCCUUUAUUUCCAUGUUGUCAUUUAAAAACUUCAUAAAGGAGAAGUUUAUAACUCAUAAAUGAGUUUACAACUCUUAAACGACAUUUGACAUUUUUAAUUUAACCAAGGAUUCUACUGUGGAUUCAGAUAAUUAGAAUACAUCAUUCAGUCUCUUUUGUCCCUUUCAAAGCCAAAAUAUUAUCAAGCUAAAACAUUGUGUGGAUUCUAUCAAAUAUCAUUAGCCCCAUAGAUAAGAGUCAGCAGGGGCCAACUGCACUGAUUAAUAUAUAUCAUCAUACAUCAAACAAUAUUAGAUCUUGUUCAUCUUAACAUCAUAAUCCAUUACAGUACAACUUGCAAGACAAGAAGAGUUAUUUCCAUUAAAAAUGUAUCUAUA